GCUCGUUUUGUGUAGUAUCUGGUUGAAUGGGUGGUCUGAUUGACUUCUAAUAGCGGUUUGUGGUUCGUUUGUUGCCAUGUGAGUGCACGUGCUGUGCUAUGACGCCGUCGGCGCCGUCGGUCUCGUCAGUAUCGUCGUCAUCGACCGUCACAAGUCAUAUGGAGUCGUCAGCUACACCUUGCUGAUGGAGCGCAUUCGACGGUAGACGAAGAUGUGCGGCGCGCGGGCUGCGGCACUGAUGGCUGCGCUCGCGGCGCUUUUAGCCGUCGGUGAGCCCGGGCAUGGAGCCGGCCUUGGGGGCGACGGCGCCGCCGAGGUAGACGAUGCCGAGCUGGACGCCGCCGAGCUGGCGGCAGCAGACGUACCGGCGUGGCGCGAACUAUGGCAGGCUUCUCUGGCUGCGCUACGUCGCGAGCCUUCCAUCAACACCACGCGGGAGGAGGUGCUCGCACCGGUCGGCGGCGUUGCCUUCCUGCACUGCCCCGUGCGGAACCUCGGCGAACGCGGCGUGUCGUGGGUGCGGCGUCGCGACUGGCACAUCCUCAGCUCCGGCCUACUCCUCUACACCAAUGACGAGCGAUUCCAGGUGCUGCACGGUGAGGGGUCCGACGAUUGGAUUUUGCAAAUCAAAUACGUUCAGAAACGCGACAACGGGACUUACGAAUGUCAGGUGGCGAGCGGCGGCGGAGGCACGCUGUCGCGGCGGGUGGAGCUGCGCGUGCUCGUGCCCGAGGCAUUCAUCCUGGGCGCUGAAGAGUAUCACGUGGACGCCGGAUCCGCCAUCAACCUCGUCUGCAUAAUUGAAAACAGUCCGGCGCCGCCGCAGUACGUGUUCUGGUACCACAACGCGCGUAUGAUCAACUACGAUGAGGCGCAAGGCGUGACCGUGAGUACGGCUCCGGGCGCCCGCACACAGUCGGCGCUGCGAGUGCACGCCGCGCGCCCCUCGCACGCCGGGAACUACUCCUGCCGCGCGCCCGGCGCCGACCCCGCCCAUAUCUACGUCUACGUCUCCGAAGGCAGUGACAAGAUGGCGGCGACGUUAAGCCGCAACGCAGCCGUCGCGCAAGGCCCUCCCGUUUCUGUCCUGCUGUAUGCCCUGCUGGCCAGCGCUGUACUGUCGGCGGGAGCGCUGGAGCGAACGUAGCGAGGCGCUCAGGUGUUGCACGACACCACCUCGCUCGUUGCAACCAUGAAAAUGCAAUAGGCGCUCUAG